GCCCUGCCCGGCCCCGCUCCAUCCCCAGCCAGAGCCUGGUCUGACCGCGAGAGACGCCGGCGGGGCUGAAGAAGGCGGCUCCGAGGAGGUGGGAGGGCGAGCCUCCCCUCCCGGGUUCUUCUGCGUCCUCUCCCGGGAGGGACCCACACACACCUGAGCCCGGACCCACCCUUGGUCGGGGCCACGCUGGAUCCUCCUCCCGGCCUGGGUCCCGCCCGCCGGCUGCAGGUGGGCUGCAUCGCCCGAGCCUCGGGCAGUGGGCGACGGGGAAGGAGGUGAGAGGUGUCCGCGCCGGCUGCCGCUCGGGUCCCUGCCCUCGCUGCGCGCUCUCCUCCUCCCCUUCCCGCAGGCAGGGCGCGGAGCCGCGCGCGAGCCCGCCCCGAAGCCGCCGCCUAGUCCCCCUCCCGCCUCGGGGCACCAUGGAGCUCUCUCCGUCGUCCGGAGGAGCCGCGGAGGCGCUGUCCUGGCCGGAGAUGUUCCCGGCGCUGGAGUCCGACUCGCCGCUGCCCCCGGAGGACCUGGACGCGGUUGUCCCAGUCAGUGGAGCCGUGGCCGGUGGCAUGUUGGAUCGGAUCCUUCUGGAGUCCGUGUGCCAGCAACAGAGCUGGGUCCGGGUGUACGAUGUGAAAGGACCACCCACCCACCGUCUGUCUUGUGGUCAGUCACCCUACACCGAGACAACAACGUGGGAGCGGAAGUAUUGCAUCCUCACAGACAGCCAGUUGGUAUUGCUCAACAAGGAGAAGGAGAUACCUGUGGAAGGGGGACAGGAGCAGCAGACAGAUUCCACCAAAGGGCGAUGCCUGAGGAGAACUGUCAGUGUCCCUUCCGAGGGUCAGUUUCCCGAGUACCCACCAGAGGGCGCCACUAAACUGGAGGUACCAGCAGAAAGGUCCCCUCGUAGACGGAGUAUCUCAGGGACCAGUACAUCAGAGAAACCCAACUCCAUGGACACUGCAAAUACCUCACCCUUCAAAGUACCAGGAUUCUUCAGCAAGCGCCUGAAAGGCUCCAUCAAGAGGACCAAAAGUCAGUCAAAGCUUGACAGAAACACGAGCUUUCGGCUUCCAUCCCUUCGCAGUACAGAUGACAGGUCUCGUGGGCUGCCUAAACUAAAAGAGUCACGUUCCCAUGAAUCCUUGCUGAGCCCGUGCAGCGCAGUGGAAUGUCUGGAUCUUGGUAGAGGGGAACCUGUAUCAGUGAAACCACUUCAUAGUAGCAUCCUUGGACAAGACUUCUGCUUUGAGGUUACCUACUUAAGUGGAAGUAAAUGCUUCAGCUGUAACUCUGCUUCUGAGAGAGAUAAGUGGAUGGAAAACCUUCGCAGGACAGUUCAACCUAAUAAGGACAAUUGCAGGCGAGCUGAAAAUGUUCUUCGUUUAUGGAUCAUUGAAGCCAAGGACCUUGCCCCUAAAAAGAAAUAUUUCUGCGAACUGUGCCUUGAUGAUACCCUCUUUGCUCGUACAACCAGCAAGACCAAAGCAGACAAUAUUUUCUGGGGCGAACAUUUUGAAUUCUUCAGCCUUCCACCUCUUCAUAGUAUCACAGUUCACAUUUACAAGGAUGUGGAAAAAAAGAAAAAAAAGGACAAGAAUAAUUAUGUAGGUCUAGUCAACAUCCCCACUGCCAGUGUGACUGGUCGCCAAUUUGUAGAAAAGUGGUAUCCAGUGAGUACACCUACACCCAACAAAGGAAAGACAGGAGGACCUUCUAUUCGGAUUAAAUCACGUUUCCAAACUAUCACCAUUCUGCCUAUGGAGCAAUACAAAGAAUUUGCAGAAUUUGUCACCAGCAACUACACCAUGCUGUGUUCUGUCCUUGAGCCAGUAAUUAGUGUGAGAAAUAAAGAGGAGUUGGCUUGUGCCUUAGUGCACAUUCUUCAAAGUACUGGCAGAGCCAAGGAUUUUCUGACUGACUUGGUGAUGUCUGAGGUGGAUCGUUGUGGAGAGCAUGAUGUCUUGAUAUUCAGAGAGAACACUAUUGCCACCAAAUCCAUUGAGGAAUACCUCAAGUUGGUGGGACAACAGUAUCUUCAUGACGCACUGGGGGAGUUUAUCAAAGCUUUGUAUGAGUCCGAUGAGAACUGUGAAGUGGAUCCCAGCAAAUGUUCAUCUAGUGAACUGAUAGACCAUCAGAGCAACCUGAAAAUGUGCUGUGAGCUGGCUUUCUGCAAGAUCAUCAACUCUUACUGUGUUUUCCCUCGUGAGUUGAAAGAAGUGUUUGCAUCAUGGAAGCAGCAGUGCCUGAACCGUGGCAAGCAAGACAUCAGCGAGAGGCUCAUCAGUGCCUCAUUAUUUCUCCGUUUUCUGUGUCCAGCCAUUAUGUCUCCCAGUCUUUUCAACCUUAUGCAGGAGUAUCCUGAUGACCGCACAUCUCGGACUCUAACUCUUAUUGCCAAGGUCAUUCAGAACCUGGCCAACUUUGCCAAGUUUGGUAACAAAGAGGAAUACAUGGCAUUCAUGAAUGAUUUUUUAGAACAUGAAUGGGGUGGAAUGAAGCGCUUUCUUUUGGAGAUCUCUAAUCCAGACACCAUCUCAAACACCCCAGGCUUUGAUGGUUACAUUGAUCUGGGCCGAGAGCUUUCAGUUUUGCAUUCCUUACUGUGGGAAGUAGUUUCCCAACUUGAUAAGGGUGAAAAUUCCUUCCUACAGGCGACCGUGGCAAAAUUGGGGCCUCUCCCUCGUGUUCUUGCUGAUAUUACCAAGUCAUUGACUAAUCCUACGCCAAUACAACAGCAACUGAGACGCUUCACUGAACAUAACUCCAGUCCAAAUGUCAGUGGAAGCCUCUCCUCUGGGCUGCAGAAAAUAUUUGAAGACCCCACUGACAGUGAUUUGCAUAAACUAAAAUCUCCAAGCCAGGACAACACAGACAGCUACUUCAGAGGGAAAACAUUAUUGCUGGUUCAGCAAGCCUCCUCUCAGAGCAUGACUUAUUCUGAAAAGGAUGAAAGGGAAAGUAGCCUUCCUAAUGGUCGGAGCGUCUCCCUCAUGGACCUCCAGGACACUCAUGCUGCUCAAGUGGAGCAUGCAUCUGUCAUGCUUGAUGUGCCUAUACGCUUGACCGGAAGCCAGCUUUCCAUAACCCAGGUGGCCAGCAUCAAACAGCUGCGGGAAACCCAGAGCACUCCCCAAAGUGCACCCCAAGUGAGAAGGCCCCUGCACCCAGCCUUGAACCAGCCAGGUGGCCUUCAGCCCUUGUCGUUCCAGAACCCUGUCUAUCACCUCAAUAAUCCAAUUCCAGCAAUGCCAAAGGCCUCUAUAGAUUCCAGUUUGGAGAACCUAAGCACUGCCAGUUCCAGAAGCCAAAGUAACAGUGAAGACUUCAAGCUCAGUGGACCCAGCAAUAGCAGCAUGGAAGAUUUCACUAAACGUAGCACUCAGAGUGAGGACUUCUCCAGGCGGCACACGGUGCCAGAUAGACACAUACCUCUUGCUUUGCCACGACAAAAUAGUACUGGGCAGGCCCAGAUCCGAAAAGUGGACCAGGGUGGGUUAGGUGCCCGAGCCAAAGCCCCACCAUCCCUGCCACACAGUGCUUCCUUACGUAGCACCGGGAGCAUGUCAGUGGCGUCCGCAGCCCUGGUGGCCGAAGCUGUGCAGAAUGGGAGCCGGUCCCGGCAGCAGUCCUCUUCCUCCAGAGAGAGCCCUGUUCCCAAAGUGAGAGCAAUCCAGAGACAACAGACACAGCAGGUUCAGUCACCUGUGGACUCUGCCACAAUGUCCCCAGUAGAGAGGACAGCAGCCUGGGUUCUGAACAAUGGGCAGUAUGAAGAGGAUGUGGAAGAAACUGAGCAAAAUCUAGAUGAAGCCAAGCAUGCUGAGAAGUAUGAACAAGAAAUUACUAAACUGAAGGAGCGCCUGAGAGUUUCCAGCCGGCGACUGGAGGAAUAUGAACGCCGCUUGCUGGUGCAGGAGCAGCAGAUGCAGAAGCUGCUGCUGGAAUACAAGGCCCGACUGGAGGACAGCGAGGAGCGGCUCCGAAGACAGCAGGAAGAAAAAGAUAGCCAGAUGAAAAGCAUCAUCAGCAGGCUAAUGGCUGUGGAAGAGGAACUGAAGAAGGAUCAUGCUGAGAUGCAAGCAGUUAUUGAUGCAAAGCAGAAAAUAAUUGAUGCACAGGAAAAACGGAUCGUGUCCCUGGAUUCAGCCAACACCAGACUGAUGAGUGCGCUGACCCAAGUGAAGGAGCGGUACAGCAUGCAGGUCCGCAAUGGCAUCUCCCCCACCAACCCCACCAAGCUUUCCAUCACGGAGAAUGGUGAAUUCAAAAACAGCAGCUGCUGACGGGCUUUGUGAAUAGACAGACUGUGGAAGGAGACAGAAGGAAAUUGACCCACUCUCCCAUCUCCAGACCUUUACCUAGCCCCUCCAGGUUUACAGAAUGUUGCUACUUCACAAUGGCAAUGUGGUGAGAAACUCUUGAAUGAAGAAAGGAACCUUGUCUUUCAGGGCAUAAGGCGGCGACUUCCAAGGUCAAUGCUUUUCCCCCACAUCUCUAUGUACAUAGGGAACUUAGUUCUGGGCCAUGUACAGAAAAUAUCACUGUAAUAUACCAAAAGGAAGUUAAUAAUGUAGAUUACCUUUUUGAUUAUUGCUAUUUUUAUUAUUGUUUUCCUCUUGUUGAAAGCACUGCAGUUGUUACAGGAAGUAAAGUAGGAACUGUUGUGUGAGCGAGACAUGAGCCUGUAGGUUCAGUAGGUAGAGACCAAGCAUCUAUCUGAUAGAAGCACAUGGAGUGCAAUAGGACAUUGUGAGAAGGAAUUUUUCAGGGAUUCAUCUACUAGUUUAAAAACCCCACUCUGGCCCCCUUGUCCUUUCAGAAAACAUGCAAAUACCAAGAUCCAUACAAAACAAUAAUUUAUUCCACUGAUCAACCAAGACUGGUUCUGGUUGGACAGCUAAUCUGAUUUGGGGAUUCACUGUUUCAGAGGACACAGACAAAAGCUGUUGCAUCAAAACUGGACUUUAGGAGUAAUUUCUAUUGAACUCCUGUCAAUAUGUUUAUUUCCUCUGUCUACAGCAGAUGGGAGUCUUCUCUUUUAGAUAGGGGCUUUUUGUUUUUAACCCCAAUUGUAAUAAAGGGUGUUCUUUUUCCUCUUUAGAGUUUACAAAACUAUAAAUAUUUGUGUCUCCACAUACCAUCUUCAUCUUCACACAUUCACUGCGCUUUCCUCCCCAUAGUGGGAGCUGUCAUCACCAACAGGGUUUACUCUCCCCUGGAGAGGUUAUUUAAAUAGCUGUCCAUAAGCCAUCCAGAUCAACACCCUUUCUUCCAUACAGAAAAGGGCUAACCGUACCACAGCUGGAAUCUCUGAAUAUUUCCUAUUAGAAAUUUUUUCUAUGUGUUGUUAUAAUUUUUGUUUGGGAUAAAGACUUUAUCCAUUGUACUAGCAAAUCUAUGGGGGGUAAUUUUAUCUCCAUCUUUAACUUUUAAAAUACUUCUUCCCCUUAUCCCCUCAGUAAAGAAAGGAAAUCCAAAUUUGAAGCAUCACUCUCUUAAAAGAAAAAAGAAAAAGAAAAUAAUGGAAAGUGUCAGGAUGGCACAUUCCAAUUAUUAUUCCCAUGCUCGUAGAUCUGACAGUAAUGACCCAAUUUCAACACUUGUCAUCCAUAGCCUUAUUAUUAUAGAACAGAAAAAGUCAUGGAAACGAAUUCAUUUCCUUUUUUCCAGAGGUGUGCAAUGUCAUCUUGAAUGCAACCUUGAUUACCAGAAGUAUGGAAGGUUACAUGUUAAACAGACAUUAUAUAUACAAAUAUAUAUAUAAUAUAUAUUCACACAUAUGUACAUACAACUGCACAAAUAGGAAAAGUUCAUGCCUUCUAUGCUGUUCAGAUAUAAUGUUAAAAGGGUCUCAAACCUCUUUAAGCAAGAUCUAAGUAGUUGUUUUAUAUUGAGAAAGCAACAAUGUUUCUCGAAUAAGUUGAUGCUGAUUUUAAAUUAUAAGCUUUAAAGAAUUUUUUUUCUAGAAAAAGGGGAUGGAAAAAAAAGGACCUGAGGGAGCCAUAUGCAUCAAGUUUGUGUUUCUCCAUAACAGAAUAUUUAUAAGAGAACGUGUAUAGUGCCCUCUUUUGAGUGAUGCCGACAGACACCAAGCCCUACUUUUCACCAAGUCCCAGGCUUGCAUUCCAGCCUCUUGAGCUCUGCCCUCUCUCAGGUGGAUCUUUGUGUUGGACCUUACGUUUCAGCAACCUCACCAUGGCCACAUAACCCACAACCUUUUAAAACAGUUUCUUUCAUAGCAAUCCCUGUUUCUGCCAGACAGAGAUCUAAAAUGGGAGUUUCUCACUGUGUUUAUCUGAUCUGCACACUUUAUAUCCAGCUGUUUUGGCACUUUUACGUUUUCUUCACCUUUGGUAUUUGUUUUGCAAAUUCUUACACCUUCUCUCCAAGCGGAGGGCACACUGUGGUCAAAAUCACUUAUUUUAUUAGGAAAAAGAGGUAACUGUUCCAAAGUGUAGUGUCUUUUGUUGAAGGAGGAGGGAUGUAAGCAUAGAUUUGUUCUUGUUUCUGGCUAUUCUCAGCUCAAGCCGUGUUUAAUUCAUUCUUUGUAAAAGCCUUCAAUUGUGCCACAGAAAACCUGGUAAGAGAAUUGUCAGUUUCAUUGGCCAUAAGUAUGUAAUGUGAGUGAUGUCUUGCCAUUGAGGUUUGGAAGCUCUUAAGUGCCGAUUAUGGAUUACAGAGGGCUGAUAAAAUUACUUAUAUUGGGAAUUGAGAGAAGCCCCAAAAAAUCAAAUGUGCUUUUGAUGGAUAGAGUGUAUCUUAUUAGCAUUAUGGGAGCUCCUUAGAGGGCUGUCUUCACUGAAAGAUUUAAUGCCCAAAACAUUUGGACAGAUUAUGCAGCCUUCUACUACCAGGUUAUCUUGAAUGAAGAAGAAAUAAUAAAAAAUAAUAAUAAUAGAGCAUUACAAAUAAGCUAAAAGUUCAGAGUUGCUGAUAGAUGUUAAAUGUUAAGUUAUCCUGUGAGCCUACUCCUGUCCAACCUUUUUUCUCAGUAUUUCUUUAGAGAAUGCUGCAAUCUGUAUAACUUACUCUGAAGGAUUUUUUAAGAAGAGAAGCCACCAACAGGUGAUAAUUUUUAUGGAGAUGUUUCUUAAUUGGCUUUCCCUCAGUUCAAGUAGGUAAAUAACUUUGUUUGCUGGGAGGAGGUAGAUGGCUGAAGAGAGGCAAAUAGAUUAAGAUAGCAAUGUCUUGCACUUCCUGUUUCCCUCAAAACAACACCACAUUGUGGGGCGCAGGAUAGAUCAGGGUUGAGUGGAAUUUGGAAUUCAGGUGAAGUGCUUGUAAAGUGCAUGUCUAGCUGACAACAGACUUGACCAUUAAUGAGGACAGUGUUGGUAGGAGUCAGAAAAGAGCUUCAUAUUCCCCUUUUAUAUUACGGAAGCAAUAAGCAAUCUGAGCUGAAGCAGCAAAAAGAGUCACAUUUCCAUCAGGUCAUCAUAUUCCCUGAGUCUCUGCAGUAAAAACCAUGUCAGAGGGGAGAUUAUAACUAGGUAACUAUAACAAGCACUUGGGCACUUACCAUGUUCCAAGCACUAUCACCAAGGUACUGUUUGGGUUUAUGGCAGUCUAACGGUAAGAAAAAUGUGGUAAAAUGAGGUAAUCAUGCUGCUAUAGCUUUUUGCUUUUUUUCGUAUAGUAUCAAGUUGGUCAGAAUUAGCUUUCUCUGACUGGUCUGCUUCCGUGUUUCUCUGUGAUGGUGUUAAGAUUAUGAAAGAAAAAGAAAGAUUACCUAAGACUGCUACAAGCGUUAACUAUAUGCCCUUAAGAAUGAGCUUGACUUUGGAAGUAAAGCUUUUCAGAUCUUAGUCUACCCAGGGCCUUUGUUGAUGGGUCUGUGGUUCUGUAGACCCCUGGCUUUCACUGUGUUCUCAGAGGUACACCAGAUUGAGAGCAGAGUUCUUCUUUGGAAGUCCCAGAGCAAAAUAACUGCCAUCAAGUGAGUUUGCAUUCAUAUUUGUUUCCCCUUCCAUAGAGGGUUAGUUUUAGUUACCUCUAGCUUGGAGUUCCUGAGAAGGCUGGUUAUAGGACUGAGCGUGGGAAAGGAACCCUCUUCAGGAUUACCUCAGUCCCAUCAGUCUACCCCAUUGUGACAUGGAGCCCAACACACGCUUGGCACCAGACUAGACUUGUCACAGGGCCAAACCCAACAGCCACAUGCCAUAGCUUCACUGCAUUUUCAGCUACACCUUUGGAGGCCACCUUCUCCUAUCAACUGUGGAAAGCCAGAAGGGCUCCCUUCUCCAUUCUCCUUCCCUUUUUCAAGUCUAAUAGUGAAAUCUCCUGCUUACCCCAGCAGUAAAUUGUUGCCUUCCUACCCCUUACCUGGGGGCCGAUAAUUUGAGAUACUUUGUUUUUUCAAUGCGUCAGUUGAAGGAUUUAGUUUCUUAAAAGCAAGAAAUGUUGGAGUGUUGAAUUUUUAAAUAGAAUCUCUUUUCAUGUUUGAAUGAUUGUUAUUAGUUCUAGAAGCAUUCUCGUUGUCAUGACCCGAUUAUGUAUACUCUUGGGUUUAGGAAGGACAAAAGUGAUGAAAUGUGCAUGAGAUAGAAUAAAUAUCUUAGGAAGAGUGAAAGAACCUGAGGAAGAGACACGACCCUAAGGGAAUGAAUGCAUAAGCAGUCUUCUCAGUAGCCCAGAGUUUCCAGGAAACAGGAAUAUUUAUAUCCCUUGCCCACUCUUAAAAUACAUAGAUACAUAAAAAGGCAGUCUCUGUAGACAACACAUGCACACACCCACACAAAACAUAAUUCCUGGGGCUUCCUUUUUCUGAAUGUUAAUCCAUUUUAUCGAGCAGUGAUUCCCAAACUUUGAGAUUUUCAGAUUUUAUGCUCUCGUUUGUUAGAUUUUAUGACAGUCAUUCUAUCAUCCUAAAAAAUGUACUAUAUGUGUUAUAUGUAUAUAUAAGUUAAAGCAACUUGAAAUUGACUUGGUUUGGCAUUGUCUCAAGAACCCUAGAUAUCAUUAUUGAUACCAUGGGGAAUCAUAGAAAUAAAGUUGAAUAUCACUGAUCUGAGAGUAGGAUCCAGAAAUAAGUAGUUUCAGUUCCUGAUCAGUUAAGCCUCAAGUGUUUGAGUAACCAACACAGCAAGACUUGAGAAAGGCAGUGAGCACCCGAGGAAAGGAAAGUGGUAGUCUUUGCCUGCAUUUCAGCAUGCGUUUUCAUUUCCUACUCAGUUGCUAUCUUCCACUUAAAUACCCUCAUUUGACCCUAGGAAGUUUUUUGUUUUUUUUUUUAGUUUGAGACUUAAAACCAGAUUUAUUUGUUGUUGUAGAGAGAUUUCCACAGAAGUUGUGUUUUAGGGACCUCCAUCAUCUUUGUGGGGGUACAGAUAUUUAUGUGUAAAUAUCAUUUUAUGUGAUUUCCAAAUUUUCGAGGGAAACAUUUCAAUUCCCAGUUCAACAAAAGGUUAAAUACUAAUUGACUCAAUGACCACCUUCAGAAAAGUUAAAUAGUAAAUUAGGUUAAAUUUUGACUGGUGCUUAGACAUUUCCUAGUUAUAUUAACUUAAGCAGACAGCAGCACAUUAACCUGAGUUACACCUGUGAGGAAAUGACCUUCUAAAUUCGAUUUUGUUUUUCAUCUCCAGGGCCUUAAUAAGAGUGUGUUAACACACGACUAUUUUACAAUGAUAGCUCUAAAUAAUUUAUUUUUUAUUUCAAGAAAGAGAAAUACACCUUAGAAAAACAAAACCCAAGAUUUUAUUUUAUUUUUAAAGCCAUAUUUUUGUGCUAGUAGCAUUUAGAUUAUUCCGUAUGUGAGAUCCAUAUCAGCAUUUCAUUACCUGGGUUUCUUCUAAAGAAGAUUUAUUUUUGUUCUGUGAAUAAUUUUUGACGGUUCUUGUACAUGUACAGAUAUAGAUAUGUUUGAGGUCUUUUAUUGAUAUUCCUACAAAGAAUACAAAUAAACUUUAACUUUAAACAUUUCAGACUAAAGCUGCUACUAUAUUUGACAUAUUGCUGUCUUCUAGCAUGCACCUGGGUGACUAGGACACUUGAAGAGAAACAAGAAAGGAAAUGUAUGCCGGAAUAUUCUUCUAAAAAUAUAUUUUAACAUUAAGAACAGUCUGUCUUAGAAUUUCCCAACUUCCAUGUAAUAAGAUUUCAAUUUAGGAAAAAUAACUAGCAUUAGCAUGUAUUGUGAUAAAACUGUUACUUUCGAAUUCUGCAGAAUUUGAAAUCUCUUUAAUAACUUGUGACAGGUAAAGAAAGUUUCAUCUGGUUUAUUAGGAAAUGUAGCCCCACUUAGCUUCCUAGACCACUACCAUCCUCUUGUAAUUUUCCAGUUAGAUUAAUGGGGUUUGUUUUCAGGAUUUUUGAUGUUUGGUUCAGGUUUUUUAUUUUAAUUUCUUAAUAGAAGUUCAUUUGUCAUUCCCAACAUGAUUGUUCCCAAAUACACCCAUCUUCUCCUGCAUCCCUGUUUCAUUCUGUAAAAUCCAGGGAUGCAGGUUUCAUGUGUAGUCUUGUUUUGUGUUAGUUGUAGGUCUGUGCUUUUUGGCACAUGUCGAGUUCUUCCUAAUCUUGUUCUACUAGGGAUUAAAAAAUUAAAAUUUACUCAAAAUCCAGAGAAGAUUGCAUGAAACAGAAACUGCAUAUCCAAGAAUUGUGCUAUUUUUUGUUCACUUCGAAGCUGACCCAUUUCAGUCUAAAUUGUUCGUGACCUAAUGUAAGCUUUAAGACUUCCUGGAUCUGAAACAUCAAAAAGAGAGAAAGUGUUGAUGCGGUCUUUUUACUUCAUGGUCCUCUUAGCCCUAAACUAUCCAUCCGUAUACGCUUUAUGCAUAUCCAUACCCUGUAAUUGUUUUUAGCCUCCCUCCAGCUGCCUGACUUUUUUUAUUAGCAUUUUACCAGUAGGAAAAUACAUAAAUUAAUUUUGUUAGCAAAAAAAAAAUUUAAUGACAAAGAACACUAAAACAGAUGACUAAAUCAGUGGUUUUCAAUCCUGAUUGUUUAUCAGAAUCACCGGAGAGUUGUUUAAAAAAAAAAAAGAAAAGAAAAAAAACAGAGGAGUACCUCCUGAGCUCCACCAUUGAACAAUUAAAUAGAAUCUCUCUAAGGAUUGGGCCUGGCCAGGCUUUUUUUGUUUGUUUGUUUUCUUUUUAACCUUGCCAGGGGAUUCCAAAGAGCCAGGGGGUAAGAAACACUAGUCCAGAUCAAGCUGUGAGCACUGUGUGUAGGUGUCUUAAAAUGUUUUCUGUCCCCAAUCCUGAAACUGGGGUAAGUUGGUUAGAGGUGUUUCCUUCCCUUCUAUUUGGAAUUUAAAAUUCUACUAAAACUGACAAUAUAUACUCAGCCUUCCCCCACAUACACGUUGUCCCCACCAAUCUGUCCUUUAAGUCUGUGAGGUAGAAAUUCUCUCCAUUAACAUGGUCAUCCCAUUUAUGGAAUAGAUACAUUCUGACAAAGCUGACCAGAAGAUGGAAUUCCCUAUUUCAACCUCAGUUUCCCCACUGGCUUCAAUUUAAAGCAGAAGGUAGGUGGCUUCUGGUUUGGAGUCAGAAGCUUCAAUGAGUACACCCCUUGAGGAGUGCUGAAGGGCCCAGGCCAGAAUCAAAUAUGCUACAUUUGACUUUAAAGAGUAAACAACAGGCUGGGCGCGGUGGCUCACGCCUGUAAUCCCAGCACUUUGGGAGGCCAAGGCAGGUGGAUCACAAGGUCAGGAGAUCGAGACCAUCCUGGCUAACAUGGUGAAACCCCAUCUCUACUGAAAAUACAAAAAAUUAGCCAGGCGUGGUGGCGGGCACCUGUAGUCCCAGCUACUCGGGAGGCUGAGGCAGGAGCAUGGGGUGAACUCGGGAGGUGGAGCUUGCAGUGAGCCGAGAUCACGCCACUGCACUCCAGCCUGGGCGACAGAGCAAGACUCCGUCUCAAAAAAAUAAAAAUUAAAAAAAAAAGUAAACAACAUAGAGAACUCAAAGUUCCUUUGUCUACCUCCACCACCCCCCACCAAAAAAAAGGCCCUUAACUACAUUUGACUUUAAGGAAUAAACAUAAGAGAACUCAGAAUUCCUUUGUCUCUCCCCACCCAAAAAAAAAAAAAAGGUUCUUAACUUUUCUUGACCUAAUAUUCAGCACUGAAGUCUUAUUACUUGAAACUUAUCAGAUGCUAAAUUACACCAUUCAUACUUAUUGUUCUUUCAAUAGCAAAAUGUACUGAAAGCUCUCCAGUCCCCCCUCCACUCCUGGCAAGCAUGCAGUCACGUGCUCGUGUGAAUUUUCCAAAAUCAUGAGCAUUUUGUAAGAUUCAGUUGGUUCUAUGAAAUUACAAUAAAGAGUAUUGUAUAUUUUAUUAUAA